GUAGCAGGCUGUCGAUUGUAAAGGAACGUACAGUUCCUUUGUUCCUACAUUGAAGACCCACAAAAACUAUGUCUCAGAAACAUUCGCAGCCUGACAAGGUAAACAAAAUUUCGGUAUUACGUAAAAUGAUAGGCCUUCAAAAAAAGCGACCAGCCGCCGGAGAUUACGUAGUGCCCAAUAAUUCGGUCCUCAAUCUGCAGCACAAGCCCGGUCUCUACGAUCCCACACCGAACGCCAUGGAGAAGACAACCAAGUGUCGCUAUUGCGAGAAUAUGGCCAAGAACUUCCUGUAUUUGGAGAGUCUGAUAAGGAACAACAAGGAUAAUGACAAGGGUGCCAAGUGCAGCCUGUGCAACUCGUCGCUCAAGUAUUUGGAGUAUGUAAAUCGCAAUAUUCGUCAGGUUUUCGGCAACUUCGAUGCAAUUGUCCAGGCGGAUCGCGCUUUGGCUGCCAAGCCGGCCAUGAUGCCCAAAUACUCGGUGGCUCCGCCUCCGGAAAAGGGGGAUUCCCGCGCCAAGGGCGGUGCCAUUGUCUCGCUUCAGAGGUCGGCCAAAAGCCUCAAGACCAAGACCUCUCCUUCGAAGCUCAAGUCCAAGGAGAAGGGCAUCAAGAGCCAGAAGUCAUCGAAGUCGCUCAAGUCGCACAAGUCCGGCAAGUCGCUAAAGUCCGCCAAGUCGCUAAAGUCCGCCAAGUCCACGAAAUCGGGGAAAUCCCUCAAGUCCACCCUCAAGCUGGCCAAGAAGGGUCUGGCCAAACCGAAGAGCGCCAGCCCCAAGAGCCAAAUUAGCCACGGCAAGAUGAUAUUGAAGCGCAAGUUCCGAAAUAAGGUGGCCAGCAAGUUGGCCGGCAAUAAGGUGAUUCGCAGUGUCAGUCAGUACCGCAGCUUGGCCUCCAACCGCUCCAAACUCUCGAAGGGAUCGAGCCACAAGAAGCUCAUCAAGCAAAGGUCCAAUGCUCCGCCGACCAGCAUCAACUGGCAGCUGCUCAAGAAGAACCUUCCCAAGCGACCCACUCUGGUGAAGUAGAAGCCAUGACGACCGGGGAUCGAUCUGCGGAAUUGGUUCCACACCCUUUGCACCCAUCUCCAAAUUAUCUCGUUUGUCAAAAUUCUAAAAGUGAUCUUUCGCAUACAUAAACUGAGACGUUUUUACAA